AUGCACAGCUCAAUCUCCACCGCCCUCCUCUGCCUCGGCGCCGCCGCCACGCUCACGGCGGCUGUCCCCACCUCUAUUGCCGCCGAUGGUAAAACCUUCAGCGUCUGGGCCGAUUACUCUCGUUGCGACGGCGCCUCGGCCCUCAGCCUCCAGAUCCUCGACUUCUCCCUCACGUCGGGCACGCCGGACCCGGUCGCCGUGCGCCAGCCCACGGGCGAGGACCUUGUGCAGCUGACGGCCCCUUUCCACGGCUCCUUCACCCUGCUCGAGCCCGAGCGCAUGGGCCCGUACCGCCAGCAGUCGGUCACGGUCGAGCUCUUCGACCCCCCCACCGGCGACAGCGUCUACGGCAACGCCACGUUCGUGCCCGGCGCCAAGGUGCGCAGCUGGGACCUCGUCAAGUGGGGCAGUGAGGAGCAGGGCCUGUGGCCGGAUGAGGGCGAGGUGGAUUCGUCGAGCGCGCUUCAGGGGAAGGCCGGGAGCGUGGUGACGAAGGUUAAGGGAGAUAGCCUGUUCCUUCAGUGGUGCACGAGGUGA